UUUCAUUUUCUAUUCUAACAGAGCAGAAUUAGCAAGCUUGCCGGUCAGGGGGCCCUCGAGGCCUGUCGACACAUGAUUGCCUCCGAAUUGCGGUGUCAGGAAAAUUUCUCUCCCUAAACCGAAUGGAACCGAAUUCGGCUACAACACCGAUGAGUUUGGCAUUGCGGCACAGCAUACUCAACAAUUGAGUGUGCAGGCUUGGAACUGCAUUUGCGAAAACCUUGAAUUGUGGCGGCCAAGUCUGCAAUCGACUUGGGCGCCUCGAAAACUACCUCAAGGCUCUCAUGUAGAGGAGAUUGAGCUCUUGGAUUGUAGCUCUGAGGGAAAUCCCGUGAUGCUUCGGUGAUGGUGAGCAUUUAGGUUUUUUGCUCGUGGGUUAGGGCAAGGGUAGGGUGGGAUAUGUGGCCCUGGUGGUGGUGGUGGUGGCGGCAGCGGUAAGGAGUUGGUGGCUAUGGCGUGGGUAGUGGCCCGAGGAGGAAGUGGGUGCGGUUCGUUACUUGCGUCUGUUGGGAUCCGGGUGGCCUUGAUCCACGGGUCGCCUUGUUGCAAUGAGAAAUGGGACAGCAAGUGGAAAUCCAUGGAUGGCUGUUGUGCAGAUGGCGUAUGGGUACAUGGAUGUAGACGCCUCCCUCAAGCGGCACCGGACGUACGUGAAGCGACAGAGGCGUGCAGCUGGUAAACGUGAUUUGCUCCAAUGGCGGUCUGUAGAGAUGCACGCAGAUGAGUACAGGGAGGCUCAAGAACGGAGGAAGCAAAAGGCCGAAUCCACCCAGAAACCUCACACAACUUCUUCAGGGUAUUCUCGCCGAUUUGAGAAUGAAUGGCGAGCAUUUGAGAAGAAGUACCAGGCAAGAUAUGAAUAUCGAUGUAAGCAAGAAUCUUACGCACGAAGAGAGAGAGCAGCUGAUGAUGAUCCCACGGUUGGGGCAACGGGGCAAACGGACAACCGAGGGGACGGUGAAUCCGAGAGUGCUAGAUACAGACGACAGUUUUGGAGCAAUACCUGGCGAGGCUUUGGAGGCGGGGCAGAUUGGAAUUUUGGUGCAAACCCCAGCUGGGAAACACCUUACCAAGGAAGGGAUUCCAAUAAAACGGUUGGAUCGCCUGCAGAUAGAUUAGUGCUUGGCUUGUCGCCAGUAGGUCCAUUGUCACUAGAAGAACUGAAAAUUGCGUUUCGUCAGUGUGCUCUCUCAUGGCAUCCAGAUCGACACGAUGGUCAUCUGAAGCAUGAGGCUGAGGCGAAAUUUAAGCGUGUGGGCGAUGCUUACCGUACUUUGCGAGGACUUCUUUAGGCAACCCAGAAAGUCGAAUCAAAGUUAGCAAUUGCAAGCGAAGUGGUUUUCUCAUUGGAGCACCACGAAUGAAGUGUCACAUUCUUUGGAAACUGACUGGAGCAAGAGGUCCAGCUAAUUUCUGUCGAUUUACGUCACCUUUUAAUGCUUCUGGAGCAUUAUGCAUUUUUGUAUGCAUUUCACUCUAGCGUUUUGGUGGAUAUCCCUAAUCCAAGAACAAAAUUGAGCAUGAUGAAGACACGAACUAUAGAAGCCAGUUCGUACUUGGUCAAUCGGUUGGAGUAGGGUCUGCAUUUGUAGUUUUGAAUUCUUUUCAGAAGACAAUUUUGAUAAUCCCGUUCAAGCCCUUUACAGCAGGGGAUAGGGCAGUACAAGGUUCCAGCUCUACGAUUGAUAUGGAAUGAUUUUCAUGAUUUUUAUCAAUGGAGCUGGAUUACCAUACUCUUGAAACUAAACUCUGCAAAUCUGGUCUGCAUACUUACUGGUGCUUCUUUGUACAUGCUGUCACCAAUUCUAUUUUGACAUUGGACUUUGAACAUGAAACUAGUCAGUUGUUCUUGCA